CUUGAUUGCAAGCAUCGUCUCCCCCUGUUGUCCAUACCCAUAAAAUGCAGUGAUCAGAAAUACGAGAAAGGCGAUGUGUUUCUUUGCCGUUCUUUUGUAACCUGACAUGAAGUAGACAGACAACCUUCUGAAGUUUGUGCAUGCUGUGCUUUUCCCCCUCCCUUGCUGUCAACAAGAAAAGCAUUUUUCUUUUAACUUGGCUUCCUUUGAAGAAGUGAAUCAGGCAGCUUCAUGGCCUCUCAAGCUAUUCCAGGCCAAAUUCAGAAACCAAUGCAAGAUCCUCUUCCCGGUUCUCCGGAGCCUCCAGCUCAAACAAAGACUUCAGAAAGUACUGUUGCCUGGAAACAAGCCCAGCCUCCUGCCGGUCUGCCUCCUGGUCUGGAAUACCUCAGCCAGAAGCAUAACAAUUCCAGAUGGUGCAUUCCCCCCCCCCUUUGGGGUAGUUAUGAAUUACCUUUGCAAGUGCCUCAGGGAUGCCACACAUCAACACAGCAUGAACACUGUGUUGGCCGGUGUUGCUUCCUCCACUGGGGAUGGAGUGGUGUUUUUGCUAUUGGACAGUUCCAUCCUCUGCUUGACCUUUCCUCUACAUUGGACCAGAUCAUUAUUCACCAGCAAGUGGAGCUUCUCCAAGUUAUACUUGGGACUGAGACCUGCAGCAAGUAUGAGAUUAAAAACCACCUGGGACAAAGAGUUUACUUUGCAGUGGAAGAAAAUGGUUGCUUUGAUCGUAACUUCUGCUCGCCACUGAGGUCUUUUACCAUAAGGAUUACAGACAACACAGGUCAAGAGGUGAUCACAGUGAACAGACCUUUAAGGUGUAAUAGCUGCUGUUUUCCAUGUUACCUGCAAGAGUUAGAAGUUCAGUCUCCUCCUGGGACUACAGUUGGCUACGUGGUGCAGAAAUGGGACCCCCUCCUGCCCAAGUUCACUAUCAGGAAUGAAAGCAACGAAGAUGUGUUGAAGAUAAUUGGCCCUUGUGCAACAUGCGGUUGUUUUGGAGAUGUUGACUUUGAGGUAAAAACUCUAAACGGAAUGUCAACUAUUGGCAAGAUUUCCAAGUAUUGGUCUGGAUUUGUCAAUAACAUCUUUACCAAUACAGCCAACUUUGGUAUUCAGGUUCCUGUAGACCUUGACGUAAAAAUCAAGGCUGUAAUGAUUGGUGCCUGUUUCCUCCUAGACUUAAUGUUCUUUGAGAACUCCUUGGAUGGAUUGUAACAAGGAAGAUGAUAGGAACAAUAAAAUAUGCAAACUACAGUUCAUCCCUUGAGCUCCGGAUAUUACUUUUGAACUGUACAAUCCUAUGUUUUGUUUUGGGGGGAUUUUUUGUAAGAAGAAAAAAAAGCGGGGGAGGCAAUGACCAAUGUUUAUUAAACUAUAAGUUACGUAAAU